UUUGAAGGAUUGCGAUAUUAUUGUGUGACAAGCAGAUUUUUUCACGACGAGAAGAUGGCGGAUGCCUCAAACGAUUGUGGGGCAGAUGAACCCGACAUACAGGCAACCCGGAAGAGAUUUGAAGUAUUAGACAAAAAGUAUAGACAUUUAAAAGGGUUAUCUCAAAGAGGUUGGUUGUUAAUUCCACUGGGCUCAACUGGACAAGCAUUUGAUGCCUACUGUUUCGGUAUUUAAUUUGUUCAGCUGCAUAUUUCGAGUGGUUGAUCAAGUUAUUGUCUCCCUUUUUAGCGGUUAUUGAAUUCGAAGCACUGCAAGAAAAAUGUCAGGAUUACUAUGAAAAGGUGAGUGUAUUAUUUUGUAUUUGCUUUUCGUCUUGUUGGGCAAACUCCAGCUGAUUCCUGAUGAAUUGAAGAAACCCUACAUUUUAAUUUAAACCAAAACAUCGCGAGUUUUAAUUAAUCUCAAAGAAUUUCCUUUUUCCUAAUAUUUCAGUACAAGGAACAAGAAGGAAAAUAUUUAAAAAUCAAAGGGGAUCUAGAGAAAUUGAAAGAAGGUAGGAACCCUCAUGUAGAAAAUCAUCAAUCUUUCUUUAAGUCGUAUCAUCGUACUUGAUCAAUAAUUACAUGAAAAACCCCAGGAGACGAUAUAAUCACAGACGAAGUCGAAGACGUUUUUCCCUCAACGCAAAUGCUGAAAGCACAUAAUUAUCAUAAGAAUUAUUGUGUAGCAGCUUUGUGUUCUUUUUGAUUUUGAACUGUUGGAUGUUUCGUUGACUUAAACAAGGCACUUAAAGUAAAAAAAAUAAUGAAAGAAAGAUGUUGUUAUUGUGUAAUUUGAGUUAGGUCUGGGAAUUCGCUCUGAAUGCUUCAGUUUACCAUGACGAACAAUUCUUUUAGUCGACUAGAUUAAUCGUUUCGUAUGUUAUUUCUUGUCGUUCCUCUAACCCAAUAUAUUAGCCUACACAAAUGCAAAUAGUGAGGGUUAAUUGUUUCGGUGCUUAUGAAAACUUUUUCUUUGUUAUUUUUCUUUCGAAACUCAGUCACGAUGUAAUUACACGCUUAUUAUUUAAAGUCAUCUUUGAUUUAAAUUCAAUAUUUCCCCUUUUUUUUUCAUUUCCACCUACUAUUACAUGCAAUUCGAAAUUAAAAAGCGGUACUCGAUAUCUUCAUACUAAAAUUAAAUUCCAAUCCCUAUUUAUUUCUUUGACGUGGUUUCAAUAUCACAAAGCGGAAGAACAGGAAGUCAUGACAUAACUAUGUGGAUUUAUCUCUGACUACCUAUUUUUUUGUCUUCGUUAAAAUAAUCUUUCUUGGCAGUGGAAUUUAUGAUGUCAAAGGUUUUGUUUCAGAAUGUUCUUAAGGUUACAAGGAAGAAUCUUUAAACAGUAACUAAGGCCUUAAAUUACUGCUAUUAUAAUGAUAUUAUUUCAUCAGUGAUCUUGUCAGUGGGUGUUGUGGUUAUGGUGAACAAAUAUUAUUCUUUCAGAAUCAGGAUGAAGGGGCAAUGAUGGUGUAUUUUUGUUGUGGGGAUCCAAAAUGUGUUGAUAUUUAGUCUGUGAAUGUCAGAGUGCAACUAACCCCAAAACAAAGUGCAACUUACCCCAACAUAUAUUUUUUUGUUUUGAUGGUAGAAUUUUUCUUGUGAGUCUUUGCCACCUCUUCCUGAAACGUUUUUUCAGUGGUGUUUUUUUUUUGUAUUUUGUUAGCUUCUCAAAGCUUAAAAAUUUUGCAGCUGAUAACUGUUAGCUGCCACCAUGAAGAAUAUAAUGGGUCUUCCACUCUUUGAGUGUACUUAUGAUGUCAUGGGUGUAGACUGAAGCUUACAAGGAGUUAGUCAAACUAAUCUCUAUCACUUCUUCACAAAUGAUCAUAAAAUGACAAAGUAUUCUAGUUAGAAGUUGCUUUGUAGUCACAUGCUUUAUUAUGCACUGUAAAUCCACCACUUUUAUGACAUCAUAGCAGUGGCCAGAGAAGUUCAAACUUAACAUUAAUGUAGUUGCACUAUAAUAGUUUGAAAAAUUGAAAUUAUGUUACUGCUUGGUCAACAAAUCCUGGUAUUGAUUGCCCAAUGUCUUUGUUACUGUCUUUUACUACUCAGUUUUCUACAGUAAGUAACCAGAUGUGUAGAGACAUGUAGUGAAAUGUUAUUAAAAUGUGUCAAACACAAUUAGCAUGGCAUAGUCAAGUAUCAAUUUUAUUAUGUUAAGGCUGUUAACUCUUUUUCUUGUUUUCUUGUUUUUUCCUUUUUUAAAUUUUUGUUUUAAUUGAACAGUUUCUAAUCUUGCCUUGGCUGAGUAUGAGAAUUUACAUGGCAAAUAUGAAGUGGAGCAGAACUGUAGAAACAAGGCUGAGGAGUUUGCUACAAAUGUAAGGCUCUUAUGGCAUUUGUUCAAUGGUAGAAUUAUUCUUUAAUAAGUUUUUUUCCAACUAGUGAAUUAAUCUUCUCUUGGAGACGCAAACUAGAGCUCUUCUUUACUUACUAACACAUAAUUUUUCAAGCAAGAUUAACAUUGAAGUUUUCCUUUUGCAACAGUAAUGUGAUUUUGGCUGAUUUUGUUUCACUUUUCUCAAUGUGUCUCUUUAUUUCUUUACAAUAUAAUAUUUAAAAGUAAAAUGCAUAUACAUUUAUUUUAACUGAUCUUACUAGCCUGUAGCCAUUUCUACCCAGUGGUAAGCACAACAUCAUGGCUCUAGCCAAGGCUUACAUUUAAAAUUCUUGAUUUGAAGUCUUUUCUUACUUACCACGAACUUUAACCCUUUUCAUUCCCAAGAACUCAACAGUAAUUCUUCUUACUCUCUGUUAUACAAUUCCUAUAAUGUUACUUUGGAGAGUUUGGUGUUAGAUCAACUUAUAAUUCCCUAAUUGAUAAUUUUUUGUUCUCAUCACCUCUCUGCUUGAUAUUGUAUUGAUAUUUUAAGGAGAAAUUCUGUCUUGGUCAUUCAUGGGAGUUUAAGGGUUAAUAGAGAAUAGCUCAUUUCUGUUGUUCUCUUUCACCCAAAUUAUUUUCGUGAGUGCUUUCUAGGGAUCCAUAAGUCCAGUAUGAGCUGGUAGUUACUGAAAUGUACAAUUUGAUACCACAGAUGGUUCAGGAAAACAAGAAACUCAAGCGUCAGAGCCAACUACUCCUCUCACAAGUCGGUGAGCAGGUGAACCUUGUAAGUGGACUAUUGACUGAAAUUAUUGAUAUAUAGCAUAGCCAACUUUUGUCACAAUUGUUUAUGAAUGUUUGUUUCGCCUCUUUAAUGUUGAUAAUGAGUGAGCUCACUUAUAUACAUCAUGAAAAAAAAAAUUUCAGAGGGGACCAGGUUGUAUCAAAAAAGACUGAGAGGUGUUUAAAGGGUGCUUUGAUGUGGUAUAUACAGCUGUCUCUGUUUCAUUUUAACUUUGAACUUUUGAGAACAAACCUUUAAUUUACCUCAUCAUUUCUCAAGGACCAUCACUAGUUGGCUUGUAAUUUAUGAUAAUUGUGAUUUCAAAUUCUGUAAGAAAUGUUUGACUGUUGUAAAUUGAAAAGAAAGAAGUUUCAUUUUAGCUGGGUCAAUACAGUCGGAUAUAGGGAUGAUAUCCAUACUAACUUGGAAAAGUGAGAAGAAGUUUUGCUGCAGCUUGAGCCUACUGUUGGUUAAAAUCUGUGUGAUGCAGUUCAGUUUGUAGUAACCAUAUUUCCUUGGAAGAAAUGUUUGAUAGAUACAAUUAUUAGGAUACCCUUCAAUUGGGGGGAGGGCAAACCUGUGGUGUAAUGGCCAUUUCUGCUAGAAAUUUGUUAUUCUUGGUGAAAAUAUUGUGGUGUGUAUACAGUCUUGACAACAAAAAAAUUUUAAAAAUUUAACUUGACCCAAUUGUUUACUUUACAUUGGAAAGCCAGCAAAUAAUGUGGUAAGGAAACUUACAUGGAUGACAUGAAAGAAUGACCAGCCUGGCCAAUAAGUAUUCUAAAACUCUGAAAACUGGAAGUAUUACUGGUAAUUCUUUGGGGCUCCAUUGUUGGAGCACAGAUACUAAAUCAAUCAACCAGUUAAUCAACCGCUAAUAUUAUUGAAUGAUUAAGAACUAUUUUUUCUAUGAAAUCCUUCCACAACAGGAGGAGAUUUCUUCAGUUUCAACUGAUGAUCAACCUUUGAGUGUCGAUGCAGUUUUCCAAGAAGAAUUAAAAGGUGUGUUAACUAGCCUGUCAAUACCCAGAAAGUUUAAAUACAAUAAUUACCUGCAUAAAUGAACCCCUGAUUUUCCAGACCAGACUGAUGUGCUUCUUCCAUAUCAGUUGCCUAAGUGUGUAAUCAGCCUGACCUUGUUAAGUGGUUCUUAACUUUUUUUCUGAGAAUAAUAUGUGGUACAGAUAAUUCAGAGGACUAAUUACUUCAAUUAAACCAGUUAUAAAACUAAGCUUUUGCAUGAAUGAUGCAUAUUAUGAUGUCUACAUUGUUUGAUCCCACCCUGAAAAGAGAGGGGUAACUUUUUAACUAAAUGAGGUGCUGAACUAGAUGCAAGAGAGAGGGAGCAUUUUUGGUGAUGUGCAACACAUAAACAUGCAGUUUUACAUGCUCCUGUGAAUCAAGUCAUUUGCUCUUUCUCAACAACAAUUGUAAUACUGGAAUAUGUACAACUUCAAUUAGCAAUAACAUGAAGUAUUCCAAUUUUUAUUCUCUUGUUAGAACUAAAACUGAUGGUGGAGUCCUUAAGAAAAGAGGUGAAAAGUACCCAAGAGGAACUGACUACAACACAAAAUCAGGUGAGAUACUUUGUUGUCAAUUUUGUAACUAGGAAGUAAAUAACUUCAAUGAGAAGAAAAAAACUUUACAUUACUAAGUUUACAAAGUAAGUCUAUUAGCAGACUGCUUACAUGGUCAUUCAUUGUGGUGACUUCAUUAGUAAUGUAGUAUUUACAUUUGUCUCAAUAUACAGUCUUUUUAUUACUGUUGAAAACUAACCAAUCACAGUGGAGUAUAAUACAUCAGGUGAAAAACAUUGUCUUAAUAAGACUGCAAGUAUGCAGUGGAAAUAUUGCAUACCACUUAAGAAUGACUACAUCAUGAGACAAACAGUAAUUUGGUACUAAAAUUUAGACUUUUCAGACAGAGAGUCAAGGUACCAUCUCUGACACACCUCUUCUAUACUGAUGUAUAGUAAUUUUGACAUUCAUUUUUAGUUAAACAGUGAAAGGCAGUCCCAUGAGGUUACAAAGAAGAGGUUAAUGUCAAAUGAAAAACAGUUCAAGCAACUAAACAGAGGUGAGUCCCUCUUUCUUCAGCUGUUUUGGGAGUUGACAUGUAUAGGAUAAAAGGAAUGAAAGGAAAAGAAGGUGACAAGUUCUUUGUACUUCAAGUUAACCUGGUGAAGUAAAUACCAUCAGAGGUACCAGGUAUUUGAACAACAACAAUACCAAAUCUUUCAUUGCGCACAAAGAGAUGUAUUACAAUGAAAUACUAAGGAAAUCAUCUAUGAUCAACAUACGAUUUUAAAGAGCAGGGUUUAGUCAUUACUAGAGGACCCAAGAGCCCAAGGGCCAGAGGAACUGUGAGGUUUUCAAGCAAACCUCUACCCAUUUAAAGUCAGUUUUUUUUUUGUGAAAAAGAAUAGUAUGAGAGAAAGAAACCAGACGUUGUUGAUAAUGUAGUAUUACUAUGUAAGACAGAUACUGCUGAUAAUUUUUAUUCAAGUUACUUAUGAUAUUGGAUCCCUAACAUUUUUUUGCUACAAAUUAUCUUUCUUUGAUUAGCCUUUUGCUCAAAACAGGAUUCGUUUUUUUGUUGCCAGCACUUUGUGCCUUGUAGGUUAUAGAGAUAUUUUAUAAUUCUUUACAUUGAAGCUAACCCUUUAGAACUAUAAGCUUAUCGCAUUUGACUUCAACUGACACUGUAAAUAUAAAGAAAAUGCAAACACAUGUUUGGUGAAGUGGUGACCGUAUGUCCUUUGGUUGCAAGAUUUAAAAGAAACAAACGAAAAAUGUGAUGAUCUCAAACGGAAAGAAAUCUUCAGUAAGGUUUCUUAUUCGUAUUUCAGUUUCUGUACUGGCUCUUGAGGAAUACAACACUUUGCAACAAAGAUACGCUCUUGAAACACAGUGUCGUGUUGAAGCUGAAAAGUACGCUGCUGAGGUUGGUAACUUGUCCGAUGGGGAGAGGGGGGUCCUAAGGACAGCUUUUGCUGGGUUUGGGUCGAUGGUCUCUCUGAAGCCCUAUUCCAUUACAAUCUAUUCUUUGGCCGAUUAUGGACCUCACCUUAGUCACUUUUGGUAUGCAGUGACAGCUUCUUAAAUUUCUACUUACCAGAAAUUUCUUACCCCAAAAUCCUGAAAAUGCGUGACUCCAUUCUAGUAACUCUAUUGAAAAUGCAAUCCCAUCCAGCAGCACAUCCCCUUUAGCCUAAUACUAGAAAAUACCACCCCCCUUACCCUCAGGUAACUUGUUCACAGGACCCACGCACUUUUCGCAAAGAGUAAGGAACUUUUCUAAAAAAAAUUCACAGCAGGGGGCACCUGCACGAUUUCCUUUCAAAAAGUGUAAAGUGUUUAAUGCAGCCUAGCCAAAGUUCCCCACGACGUAUUGUAAAGCGCGCUAGAGCAUAUUAAUAUGAAAAUGAAUCAUCAUCAUGUUCUAUUAUCAGUUUGUAGGUUUGAGAUAUUAAGACAGCAAAAGUUUGUCUUUCAGCAGGAAUGUAUUUAGGACACAUAAAGAGAAGAUUUCACUUCCUAAUAUUAGUGCACCUUGUCAAACACUAAUUACCAUGCAAAAGUGAGAUUUAAUUUUUUUUUCAAACUUCGUUAGGUGUUAAGAGAAAAAGAUGUUUUGGAUCAGCAAAGGAAGUACAUCUCUGAAACAACUAGCAAAGAUGAACAACUCAAGAAAGCUCUUGAGGAGAUCACCUCACUAAACAAGAAACUUGCUGACGAAAGAACAGAAGCGGAGGAGAAGGUAAGGAAAUUUUUAUAUUUCAUUAUUUCUAGUCAGUGCUUGUUACUAAUCUUUUAGCGGUCGCUCAUAAUGAUCAUUGCAUCCUGCUUUUGCAGAUAAAGGAACUUCUUGAAGACAUGAAGGCCUCGAAGGACGAAGAAUAUAUCAGUGGUAUGUAAUUCCGGAAAAGAAAAUGAGGUGAAAAUUCCAGCAAAUCUAUUUACAGAAGACGUCGGUCAAUACCAUAAUUUCUUACUAAGAUGUCGCGGCUUUGCUGAACUAAAGAGUGGUAGAGGUGACUUUAUCUGUAAAAUUAGUGAACGCGUCGACGUUCAAUUUUUUUAAGGAAAGUCUCGCCGUGGUUUCGAAUGGCCUGUAAGUAAUGAAUGAUCUCUAUUUAUAGCGUGGACAUUAAAACAUGCCCUUUAGUGUCGCCUCUAGUGUCUCAGUCAGUCCAUGUGAUGAUGCUGUUGUUUUAUUGGUUAUAGUUACUGAGGAGAAACUUCACGUGGCUGAGGAGCAUAUCGAGUCCUUGGAACAACAACUGGCAGACACCGAGAAGAAAGUCACUGAGGCAAAUCAGAAAGGUAACGGACUUCAAUGCUUUUUUUUUCAGUUAUUUUUACCGAAGAUUCUGUCUUCCAUGCCAUUACAUGGUAAUGAGCUCACUUAAAAAGCAGUUUGGUGGGUUAUUAUUCAAGUUAGCGACAGAGCAUGAAAAGCAGAACUGGUCAAGUAUUGAGAACAUUGUGCGGCAUGGCGCUCGCAGCGGUCAAGUCCCAAGGCUGGAAAAAGAGUAGGAAUAGGCUUUUCUCAUUUUUUUGACCUACAGCCUAGGAUCUUUCUUGGAUGCCUUGAGGUAUCUGACAUAUUUAUAGGCGUUUCGGAUCUGACCAUCUGUUAUCCACGUAACUCUGAGUAAUUAUUAUAUGACUUAGUAACAUAAAUGUGUGUAUUUGUCUUAUCUUUGGAUUUUAUUAUUACGUCAAGGCUAGCCUAGAAGUUGAGGUUUAAACUUUCAUGUGUUUAUCAUGGGAAUUUUAUAGAGGACUUAUGGAUCAUUUUAGGGAGCUGAAACACAAAUAUAGUAAUUUCAUCCCUGCCGUGAAAAAAGCAUUAUCUCAUUUUGCGUUCAACGAAAGUCAACGCGCUUCACUCUCUCUGACUAUGGGAUAUUUUGUCUUGUUAGUGUCUGAACUGGAAAAAAGCUUAGAGGAAGCAAAGAAGCAGGCUGCUGCCACACCCCCGUCUCCAGUGGCUACCCCACCACCACCACCACCCCCUCCACCACCCCCUCCACCUCCUCCCACACAGCUUAUCAAGUAAGUUUAAAUAAAAUGUUCUGCGACGUACGUAUUUUAGUUGGGAGUUACGUAACUGCUUUGAUAACCUUUUUUUCGAGGGACUUUGGUUACCCAAUAGUUUCCUGUUGGAAGGGGUUUUGAAAGUGACUUAUAUGGUAAACGCCGUCGGAGGAGAAGCUGACAUUUUAUUUGUCUUGCCGCGAGCAAUUCUAAUUCGUUUGAGUUUAAUGUAUCAUUAUUAAUUAGCCUUCUAAUAUGCAUAAGAACAGCACUGUCAAUAACUGUUCAAUAACUGCAUGCUUUUUGAAAUUUAGGAAGUUCAUGAACAUUGUGGGAGCAAAAAAGAGGUCUUCCCUAAAACGGAACAAAGGUAAGAAAAAAUGAAUUAAAUAAAAUUGUUUUCAGUUAUUCUCAGUACUUGCACCCAGUCUACAUCCAAAUCAUGUGGUCGGUUGGUCGCUUAGCUGGCCAGUUUGUUGAAAGGUUGGUCAGUCAGCUGCUUGGUGGGAACACUGCUGACCGCUGUGUUGGCGCGCGGCAGGCCACAACUGAUCCCCUCGUACAUGCCCAAAGUUUGACCGCUGAUUUGGUUGGUUAAUCAGGUGUUCAGCUGGUCGGUUGCUUGCGGGAAGGGUGGUUGCUCGGUGAUUUGGUUGAUCGGUCCGUUGGUCCGUCGGUCCGUUGAUCGGUCAGUGAGUUGGUAAGUUGGUCGUUUGGUUGGUUGCUCGUUCUAUCAAUCGAUUGGUCGAUUGGUGAGUCACUGGAUUGGUUGGUCGGUUAGUUGAUCACACAGCGGUCAACGUCUGCGUAUGUGCGGUCAAUGUAUUGAAUUAGUGGCGUGCUUUCAGACUUUCAGAACAAAUCUUUCUCGAUCACGCAAGUUACAAAGACUGACCAAACAAGCUAGUAAGAAACGGUGUUUUUCCUUUUUCGGUAAACUCAGAACAGAAUGGCAAAUCACCACGAUACCCGUACUUGAAUGAGCUUUGUACUUGAAAAAUAUCAAGCUUUCCUUUGCUUUACUUUUGUUUCCUACAGAUUUCUAUAAAUGGUUCAAUUAUAUUUAGCUUAUCUACGAGACAGCAGUUGUUUCUUAUCUUUCCAUUGAUAUUUUGCGCGGGAAAUUGGCGCGUGGGCGGCAAAAAUUGUUACCUCGCCUAUGCCUGACGCGUGACCGUUGUGUUGUGUCCUUUGUAGCCGGCUGGUUGAUCGGUCAGUAGGUCAGUUAGUUGAUGUUUUGGUUAUUCAGUUGGUCGGACCAUCAACUGGUUUAUUGAUUUGUCAGUUGUUUAUCUGGUUAGUUGUGUGGUCGGUCGGAGAGUCAUUUCAUCUGUCAGUUGAUGAGUUGAUCAGUCGGCCUGUUAGUUGGUUUGUCAGUUGGUUGGCGGGAGCAUAGAUUGUAACUUGUUUUAAUUAUGAUGAAAAAUUUGUUUUCCCAGCUCCUAAGGAUCCAAUGGCUGUUGCUAUGUCUGAAAUGAUGCAGAGAAUCAAGACUGGGAAUAUACAACUGAAACCCGUCAAAAGUGUAAUUGUUCAACUUUCUUUACUGUUAUUAGAACUAUUAAAAACAGUUCUUCUUUUCCUUUUUUUUUUUAAUUUGUUUCUAAACGACUUGGAAUCACUUUAUAGACUUUACCUUUACUUUCCUAGUUUCACACGCCUCUGUGCCAGUAUGGCGGAUUUGUCUUCUUAACGUGCAGUUUGUAACUAACCCUGUUUGUUUUAAGCCUUCCACUACUAGCAGCGAGAGUGAUGACACAGAUGCCAUGUCAGAUUUAGGAAAUUUAUUGGUAGGCAAAUGAAUUGCUUCAUCUAUAUUUUGUCAAUUACCAAAAAGUAUUUUUACCGUUGCACGAAAAGUAACGAUGUAUAUUGAAGUACGACACAAUCUGCGCUUUUUUUGCGUCAUUUCAAGUUGACAAUUAAGUACAAUUAUAUAGAGAUUUUUUGUGAAAAGAAUUAUGGAAAAAAAUCUCAAUCAGCGUGAACAGAAAGCGAAAUUAAAAAAAGAAAACAAACAAAGACGUCAACAUCACUACCAGGGGCGACAAACAAAAACAACAGAUCAAAACGGUUAUGUUUUUUGUUAUGAAAGUGACCGCGAAGAUGUGAAUGCAAAAAUUUCAAGAAGGAAAGUAUGAUAUAACUGAUCCUUUGUUUACGAGUAAAUAAACUUGAGAGAGAAAAUCUUAAUCGGGUGUCAAAAGUAACCCGGGACUGCUUUGUUUUUCAUUUACUUUGCUCUGUUAUUGGUCCAGAAAACUCGCGCUACUCUCUCAACCAAUCAGAUACAAAACUGAAACCAAUUUUGACAUGGUCACCCGCGUUUUCCCGCGCUUUAGUUAGUUGGGUUGUUCUUACUUCUUUGACUCAUUGACCCUUAAAAGUAUUUUCCUUUUUUCUGAUUGGCCGUGGUGAUUAAUUUGGUUUGGCGGGUAUUACGCUCUUUUUUGAGUAGUAUUCUAUCGAAUUCAAGUAUGGGGUUAAAGAGAAUGUUUAACAAUUGAACGUCUUCUACUUUUUCAGAAAACGUUAAAGAGAAAUCCAAGCGUUGAUGUUGGUCCAGGAGUAAGUUCUCCUGGAGCAGACGGUUCACCAGUUGAAUGGGCAAAUAUUAAGCUACGUAAGCCGAGCUCCAGUGUAGAGUCUUCCAAGGAGACAUCCAACUCAGGAGACGCCGGAAAUGGCAACAAUGAACUAAAAAAGGUGGUAUUGAGGAAACCACGAAGCCAUUCUGCAGGGGACAUUCUUGACGAUAGACCAAAGGACGAGGCUACGGCAGAGCUGAAAAGGAUUCUACAGAGACAAAAAGCUGCUGCCGAGAAAGGUGAAAAAUUGAUAGAAAAUGUGCUCCUUUUGUAG